AUGGAAUCAGCAGGUCUUGCUAUUGGGUCUGUCGCCCUGGUCAGCCUCUUCAAGGAUUGCAUCGACCUAUACUCAAUGAUUUCUGCAGCCCGUGAGCUUGAUGAAGAUGCUCCCAUUCUAAACAUCAAGUUAGGCGUAGAGAAAAUGCUUUUUCUCCAGUGGUCUGAUGGGGUUGGCCUCUUGGAACACGCCAAAUUUGACACUACCUUCAACGACUUAGCGACGCGAGAAACAAUUUUAAGCAUUCUUUUGAGCAAUGCCCAGGCCUUGCAGGAUACAUAUGGUCUAGUAAAGCACUCCAGUCCGACGGUCAGCCCAGCUUCAGACAGUACACCGAUAGAACAAUUCAAUGAAGCUAGUGAGAAUCGCCUGUCACGAUUCCUAGGAGAUUUCAACAAGUUCAAAGUAACACACUCAGGAGAGUCUAUGCAGCCAUCGAGAAUUCAUAAAGCAGUUAAACAGUUCCGCUGGGUGGUAGUGCCCAAAGGCAAGUUCGAUGGUUUAAUAAAUCAUCUUUCCUACUUUAACGGCGCAUUGAAUUCUUUGGCACCAAGGGUUUCAAAUUCUACUUUCGAUCUCAGCAGCGAGGAUCUUAGUUAUGUGGACAGUAUCUCCCAGUUGGAUGGGAUCAUACAAAUCUCAGUUAAGCAGCAUCCCGCCAUCGCAAAAGCUGCAAUCGCAGCAAAGAGAAAUCUCAUACAACGUCGCAUUCUGUUAAGGCUUUCGUUCGCUCGGCAGGAUGAUCGAAAAGACAAUAUCAAUAACAGGUAA